UGCAGCUGACACUGCCUUGGUACUUCACUCCCGAGCUUCCCCAUUCACUACCUAACUCCAUCCCCGCAAACCUUCACGCAUCAUUGACAUGAUGUCUACGAUUUUCUGACAUUGAUAUAGCACUCGGCGGACUACCAGCGUCCUUGAAUACUCGCAAUGCCUGCCCAGCGGCAGCCGAUACCUGCCAACUGGAACGAGUAUGCGCGUGGACGUGCCGACUCGGGCGAGUCCGAAAGUCGAACCAUACAAUUCGACGAGACUAGCGAACAGCACCAUCGGCCGUCCGAAACCUCUGGUCGACUAGAUCCUUACAGCAGCCAACGCGAAGAUGGACAGGAAUUACGGCGAAGGAGGUCGUCGAUGGCAUUGGCGAUACAUUCUCUUCGACAGGCAGGUGGAGUGAACAGCUUGGACAACUUUGCGAGAUCGUUGCAACGAGCGGUGGGAUUUGUUGAGGUCACGCCGGUGAGACCGAGCUUUCGAUAUGGUGACGAGGAUGAAGAGGAAGGAGAUGGGACAGAGGAGGCUGUUGUGGGACAGACGCCGAACAGUCAACGAUCGUUGUUGAGACAGCAGUUGCAAGAGUCGGGUCGAAGAACAUCGGACGACGCAGUGGAGGAUGAGCAACCUGAUUCCGGUACGGCAUCUGCUGCGGGACCUACAGAACAGGAGCCUCUGCUUCAAAAGAUCACGUCUCGUACGGCGCCAGACGACAGCAUCUUCCAGAUCGAGCCUUCACUGGCCUCGCCAUUUGGAGGAAGCUAUGGCAGUACUUGGGGCUCUCUUUCCUCCCGCGUCAAUGAGUCCUCCAUGAUGCAUGCAGGUCGUCUUUUUCAAAAGCAGCAAAACCGAGUCACGACGAUGCCGGAUAAGGAACGGCCACCGAUGAUCGUAAAGACUGUUCAGGAAGAUGACGGGAAGAUUGUCAACGUCGUGGUAGGUCAGUCCACUCUCCCACAGACCAUCUUCAACAGCGUCAACGUCUUGAUCGGAGUUGGGUUGCUCGCUCUCCCGCUUGCCUUGCGGUACAGUGGAUGGGUACCAGGUCUGAUCUUCUUCUCCUUUGCUGGACUUUCCACCUGCUAUACGGCGAAACUGCUCGCCAAGUGUGCCGACGUGGACAACUCUCUCAUCACUUUUGCGGACCUGGCAUAUGUCUCCUUUGGUCGAUCUGCACGAAUCCUCACUUCAAUACUCUUCUCCCUUGAGCUGCUCGCCGCAUGCAUCGCGCUGGUCGUUCUGUUUGCCGACUCUCUCGACGCUCUUAUUCCUGGAUGGGGCCUCACCGAAUGGAAAAUCGUCUGCGGCAUAAUCCUCAUCCCGCUCUGCUUCGUGCCCCUCCGCCUCCUCUCUUUCACCUCCAUCCUCGGAAUUCUCUCCUGCUUCGGCAUCGUACUAGCCGUCAUAAUCGACGGCCUCAUCAAACCCGACUCACCCGGCUCCCUCCUCUCUCCCGCGAAGACCUACCUAUGGCCCAAAUCCUGGCUCUCCCUUCCCGUCGCAUUCGGCAUCCUCAUGAGCCCUUGGGGUGGUCACGGCGUCUUCCCCAACAUCUACCGCGACAUGCGGCAUCCCUACAAAUACCGGAAGGGUGUCACAAUCACCUACUCCUUCACCUUCACCCUCGACCUCCUCAUGGCCGUCGUGGGACUGCUCAUGUUCGGCGACGGCGUCAAAGACGAAGUCACGCGAAACGUCCUCACGAUGAAAGGAUACCCGCCCGCACUAUCUGUCUUCAUCGCCGUCUGCGUUGCCAUCAUCCCCUUGACCAAAGUCCCGCUCAACGCCCGACCCAUCGUCUCCACACUCGAACUCUUCCUCGGUCUCGACGCACGGGCGAUGGGUGAUGCAGGAGCCGCACACGGCCUCUCAGGGCUGACGCGAGGCAUCCUCAAGAUCACUGUGCGGAUCGUGUGCGUGAUCGUCUUCGUCGUGCUGGCAAUUCUGGUGCCGGACUUUGAUCGCAUUAUGAGUUUGCUAGGCGCCGUGGCGUGUUUUGCGAUUUGUCUGAUUCUGCCGUGUGCGUUUCAUUUGAAAUUGUUUGGGAAGGAACUUUCGAAGAGGCAGAAAGUUUUGGAUUGGACGCUGAUUGUCGUCAGUACGAUUUUGGGCGUGGUCAGCACGGCGUUUAACUUUUUGCCGAAGGAGUUGAUUGGAUUGGAUUGA